AUGCAAAAACCACUAGCAAAUAAAUACUCCACGAGCAUCGACUACGAGUACGAAAAACACUUGAAUCUGAGUAUCCAAUGGAAUCGUUGGAUGUUGAAACCGAUCGGGGUAUGGCCUCAGUCUCGUGAUAUUUCGCGAAGCAAGAAGUGCUGUUACUGGUUGACAAACCUCGUUUGCCAUUUAUUACUCAGCUUCCUCUUUGUACCAUGCAGUAUGUACGUUUUUCUCGAAGUAGAAGAUCUGUACAACAAGAUCAAACUUUUUGGUCCAUUGAUCUUCUGUCUGAUGGCGUUCGCGAAAUAUUAUUCGUUGAUCUUUCACGAGGAAGAUAUCCGUGAGUGCAUUGAACGCAUCGAAUGGGACUGGAAGCAUAUUAGACACCAUGACGACAAGAAUAUCAUGGUGGUGAACGCGAACUUUGGGAGAAGGCUAAUAACUAUUUGCACCUUCUUCAUGUACAGUGGUUUCGCGUUUUAUUACAUCGCUGUACCGAUUAGCGUGGGUAAAAUAGAGGCAGAGGAUGAAAAUCUCACCUUUGUACCAUUGGUAUUUCCCUUUUCAAGAUUGAUAGUUGAUACUCGCUAUAGUCCAACGAACGAGAUCAUUUUCUCAGUCCAAUUGGUAGCUGGUGCCUUGAUGCAUGGCAUCACGUCAGCUGCUUGCGGCUUAGCGGCUAUGCUCGCGGUUCACGCUUGCGGACAAAUGGAAGUCUUGAUGAACUGGCUGAAACAUUUGAUUGAUGGUAGAUCAGAUAUGGGCGAGACCGUGGAUGCCAGGAUCGCGAGCAUCGUGAAUCAACAUGUUCGAAUAUUAAAGUUUUUAACUCUCACUGAGAAAACACUCCAGCAAAUAUCCUUUACUGAAUUCUUAGGGUGCACCUUAGAUAUUUGUCUUGUCGGAUAUUAUGUUAUAAUGGAAUCAAAAUCGAAUGAUAUAACAAGUGCAGUAACUUAUUUCAUUCUACUCACAUCUCUUACGUUUAAUAUCUUUAUAUUCUGUUACAUAGGAGAACUUGUUGCUGACCAGUGCACGAAAAUUGGAGAAAUCGCAUAUAUGAUAGAAUGGUACCGAUUAUCAGGAAACAAAAAACUCUGCUGUGUCCUAAUAAUUGCAAUGUCUAAUUCAACAAUCAAACUGACAGCAGGAAAUAUGAUCCAAUUAUCUAUCAAUACCUUUACCAACGUUGUUAAGACAGCAGUCGCAUUUUUAAACGUAUUACGUACAAUGACGUGA